AUUUUCAAAUUUUUGUUUUUGGUUAACCAAAAAAAGUAAAAGUUGAAAAGAGAGCCAAAAAAUCAAUCAUCACAAUGGAGAACGGUAAUUACAACAGUGCAGAAUUCGGUUGGGAAUAUGGUGCUGGGGCUGGUGGUCAGCCACAAGGUCAGAUGCAGAUGAAUCAGGGAGGACGUGGACAGGGCGGCUACAGUGGACAACAAUGGCUGCAUUCGAAUCAGGGAAAUACCUACAAUUAUCAACAGAGGGCCAUGUCGCAGAAUGGUAGAAAUGGAGGUAUGGGAGCAGAAUCAAGUCCCUUUUCGAGCUAUAACGAUGCCAUGAUGCAGGCAUAUACGGAUUUCGGUGGCAAAGAUAUGUUUUCCAUGCAAGGAGAAUCUAUUAAUAUGGGCUCCAUGGAUAGUGGAAUGAGCGGUAAUGCUAUGGCUAUGGGCAUGGGAGGUGGUAGCAGUACCCGUAAUGGUCUGGGAGGUGGCAAUCCCCGUAAUGGUAUGGGAGGCGGCAAUGCCCAACGUUCAUACGGUGGCUACUCCAAUAAUGGUUUGGACAAUCCUCGCCAGCAAUAUGGGCAAGGACAAAGUCAAAACCAGGGUUGGUUUUGAAAAAAGUGCUGCUCUUACAAUCAUUGUAUGUAAAUUGGACCAAAAAUCAAACUUGAAAACUACAAAAUUCUUUCAGUCACACUGACCGUUUAUACAAACCAAUAAAUUAUGUACGCUAGACAUCAAAA